AUGGCUGCACCUAGAACGGCGGCUCCAGUCGUGUCAAUGGAGGAGUUGGAGGAGGAAGAAGAGGAUGAGGAUGAUGAGGAUGAGGACGAGGAAGAGCUGGAAGAAGACGAGGAGGAUGAGGACGAUGACGACGAAGAGCUCGCCAAGCGCGAGGCAGAGGCUGCGCUCAAGGCUCAGCAGGCCAAGCUGAAGGAACAGCAGCAGAAGCAGAAGCAGAAGCAACAACAGCAGCAGCAACAGAAGGAGGCCGCGGCCAAGCGUGCGGCCAAGGACGCCGCUGAGCCCCAGUCCAAGAAGAGCAAGCCCGAGGGCCCCAAGCUCCUCAACCUUUCCCGCGGGGUCAAGGCUUACGUUGUCCAGGAAGGCAAGGGCAAGGAGGCAGCGCGCGGCAACAAGGUUCAGGUCCGCUACCGUGGUCGCCUUGUAAAGAACCGCAAGCAGUUUGAUGCCGGUCAAAUCGGCUUCAAGCUCGGUCGCGGUGAAGUCAUUGCUGGCUGGGACAUCGGCGUGGCUGGCAUGAAGAUUGGCGAGAAGCGUCGUUUGGUCAUUCCUUCCGCAGCUGGUUAUGGCAAGAGCGGUGCGCCCCCAGACAUUCCCAAGAAUGCCGACCUUGAGUUUGACGUCGAGCUGCUCAAGUGCUAGGUCCACCCUUUCGACCGUCCUCUCUCAUCAACCCUGCCCUAUAACGACGUUGAUUGAUCAGCCUCGCGUGGACGAGCCACUGCGUGCCAUCAUUGCAACAGUUCUGCUCCCGAAAAGAGUAGAAAAAGAAGGAAAAAGAAAAAGAAAAAAGAAAAGACGACCAAAUUUAAUGAAACGUCC